GGAAGGGAGGCGGAGCGGGACAUGUGCGGCUACUGAGGCGGAUCAGGAGUGGAACCGGAGGAUGAAUCGGAGUGCACUGGUAAUGAUACGUGCUGAAAGGCUAGAACUUGUAGCCGCCGGCUUCCGAGCGAGGUAACAGCGCUGCCGCGGGGAGAUGUUACGCAGAAAAUGGGCGGCUGAAAGGGUGUCGGUAAGGCAGCGUGGGAACCGGGGGCGAGUGGUCCGUGGCCCAACCAAGCGGCCGCAGGGACCGCUCGCCGCAGUGGCGGCCCCGGUGAUGUGCGGAGCUUUAGGUGGACGCGCCAUUCGGGUCCAUGGAUCCGCCUACCGGGACUUCGGUGCUGAGCAACGACACGGCGCUCGGCAACAACAGCGGAGCAGCGCAGCCGGAGCGAGCGAGCGGCCAGACCGACGUCGGGUCUCUGCUCCACGGUGUGGCCGUGGCUUCCAAGGCUCUGCUCCUCUUGCUCAUCUUUCUGUUGUCCAGCCUGGGCAACGCGGCGGUGAUUGCGGUGAUCGUCAAACACCGGCAGCUGCGGACUGUGACUAACGCCUUCAUCAUGUCGCUGUCCUUGUCCGACCUGCUCACUGCCCUGCUCUGUGUGCCAUUCUCCUUCAUCAUGCUCUUCAGCCAAGACGGUGUCUGGAUCUUUGGGGACCGCUUCUGCGUGGCCAACGGUUUCUUCAAUUCCUGCUUCGGGAUCAUCUCUACCCUCACCAUGACCCUCAUCUCCUUCGACCGCUACUACGCGAUCGUCAGGCAGCCGCAAGAAAAGAUGGGCAGGCGUCUGGCCGCGCAGCUCUUGGCCGCCGUCUGGCUGACGGCCUUCAUUUUCUCUUUCCCCUGGUAUCUCUUGUUACAAGCCCCAGGACAGCAGGUUAUUCAUAAGAAGGGCUUCUACCACUGUAUGUAUAUCUUCCACUCGGGCAGCUCCCGUAUGGGCACUGGGUACAGCAUCGCCUUGAUUGUCACCUGCUACCUGUUGCCCUUCUCCCUGAUGUGCUUCUGUCACUACAACAUCUGUAAGACAGUGAGGCUAUCAGAGAUCCGAGUCCGUCCGGUCACUACAUAUGCCCAUCUGCUACGCUUCUACAGUGAAAUGAGGACAGCCACCACAGUGCUGAUAAUGAUCGUCUUUAUCAUCUGCUGCUGGGGUCCUUAUUGUGUAAUGGGAAUCAUCACAGCCACUGGAAACUUUCAUUUCACCCCCAUCAUGGACACUGUAGCUAUCUGGCUAGCCUGGGCUAAUGGUGCCCUCAAUCCCUUAAUCUAUGCUACCAGGAACCCCAACAUCUCUAUGCUUUUGGGAAGAAAAAGGGAAGAUGGUUACAGGACUAGAAAUAUAGCAGCCUACUUGUCUAGGCAGAACCAGGACCAUGAGGUUAGGAGUCAGGCAGACAGGAUAAGGGACCGCUAUGUCAGUCGGCAAGGGGCUGGUAGCAGGAUGUCUUCUUCUAGCCCGGCAAAUGGAGAUGUCCUGAUGUGGGCCUGUAAAAAUCCAGCUGUGCUUUUCUGCAGGGAUGGACCACCCAACAGAAUGCCUGAGCCUGCCAUGGCCAAAUCAGAGACUGCAGACACCAGCCUUUAAAUAGAAUGGAACUAUUCCAUUCAAUACACUGAUGACACUUAAUGGAGAUACGCUUCAUUGUUUCUUGAAAGUGCAGUAUUGUAGCAAAUAGUUUCUACUGUGAAACUUGUUUAUGAAUCAAGCAUAGCAUAUAAAAAUCUACUAUAAUUUAGAUUGUAAUUCAUUUGAAAUGGAACCAUCUCAAAGAGAAAAUCACCAUGUUAUGUUUAAUCCCUGUAAAAUACAAUAUUGAGCCCUUACUUUAGAAAAAAUUAACAAUGUUCUAAAAUGUUGAGUGCAUGAAUUGAACCAAAAUAACACAAAGCCAUUCCCUAAACCAGGGAUAAAUAUUACUUUCAGUUGGUUUGCAUUGUUUUUAUUACCUUGAACAUGCAUUGUUGCAACAGUGUAAUGAUGUAAAAAUGGUCUCCCUUUUCAGAUGAAACUAUGCUUUAUGAACUUGAUCAAUUAGAAAUUGGAUAUUGUCUAUUUUUUGCUGUAAUAAGCUAUGUUUAACACUGAAUUUGAUCAGAAUCAGACUGCAAGAAAUUAUCAAAAUGACCAGCAAAUCAUUUGAAAUAGCACCACAAUUUGCAAACAGGGACAUCCAGAAGGAAGUUGUUGAGGACAAUUGUGAUGCUGUGUGCAGGCAGGGUCUCUGAUCUUAAAAGGACCAU